CUCUAUCCAGAAGGGGCAUAGUACAAAACUGGCAAAUGUUUAGGGCCGCAUAUAAACAACAAAAUGCUGGCCAAAAAUAAAUAUGUGCCGCGCGUAAAUCAGGUAGAUGCCAUUUACCUCAACAAAGAUAUCACUCGAAUGAUACGGGAUAAUCUGCUUGAGAACUUACAAGCGAUAUCGCCAGUGUUGUUUAUUAAAAUACAACCAGAAUUGGAUUUACUGAUACAGUCGGCCAUUUGGUUUGGCUCUGUAGGCAAACGAUGCUCGACUUUUGGACAACAAUUACUUGUCUUGGCCUACGAUGCUGAGAAGCUGACAGUAUCCCGUUUGGUGCUACACUUUGCCCUCACUGUGCUGCCCGGUUACGUUAAGAGCUGGGAGGAAAGACGUUUGUCCCAUCGUGUGGAAUGGUUUAGCCAAGCCAUCACUUGGGCGGAGAACAGCGCCCUAGUCCUGAAUGUGCUCAACUAUUUUCGCUUUUUAAAGACGGGACGAAAGCCCACAUUAAUUGAUUAUAUGCUGGGGUUGGACUACAUUAGUCUGCGCAAUAACCAAAGACGAGACAUUGGCUACAAGUACCUGACACGUGAAUUACUCUGGGGCGGUUUCAUGGAAAUUCUUGGCUUGCUGCUGCCCAUCAUUAAUUUCCGCAAGAUCAACAGGCUGCUGAAGGCAGGAUUCUUUGGCAACGAAAGUCAAGGUGGCUGGCGACGGGAAAGCAUUGCUCGUGAACCGAUUGCGGCCAAAAUGUUGGUGAACACCAGCUGCAGCUAUUGUGGCGAACGACCAACUCUUCCCCAUCAUAUGGGCUGUGGGCAUAUUUAUUGCUAUUACUGUUUAAGCGCGAAUUUAUUAACGGACGCCAAUUUUGGAUGUACCAAAUGCGGUGCUAUUUGUCCGGAGAAGGGUUUACAAAGUGUCUGAUUAAUGUAUAUUGUAUUGUUUGUAAAGCGUUGCAAAUUUUUUAUAUAAACACAAAAUGG